CGACGUCACUUCGCUACAGUCUGCGGAGAAGCCUGAGAGCAAGCGAGCAGUAGCUUUACUUCCUCGAUCGACAGAAUCACAGACGAGAAACUGAAGGGAAGAGACGAACAAGAAAACUCACGAAACAAGAAAUAAUCCACACGUUUGCAAGACGAGGUGGCCCAGUGACACAUCACCAUGGCGCCUUUCUUGCGGAUUGCCUUCAACUCCUACGACCUGGGUGUGCUGUCUCCACUGGCCCCUUCUGAUCCCCCCUUCUGUGCCAUCAAGAUGAAGGAGGCCCUCACCACCGAGCGUGGUAAGACCCUGGUUCAGAGGAAGCCCACCAUGUUCCCAGCCUGGAAGGCCAGCUUCGACGCCCAUAUCUACGAGGGGCGUGUCCUGCAGGUGCUGCUGAUGAAGUCUGCCGAGGAGCCAUUGGCCGAGGUCACAGUGGGCGUGUCCGUCCUCGCCGAGCGCUGCAAAAAGGGCAACGGCCGUGCUGAAUUUUGGGUGGACCUGCAGCCCUCAGGGAAGGUGAUGAUGGCAGUGCAGUUCUUCUUGGAGGGAGCAACUGAUACAGAGGGCAAGCUGCCCACGAAGGAGGAGGAAGGGGGGCCCACCAUAAACCGCAGGCGAGGAGCCAUCAAACAGGCCAAGAUCCACGAGGUCAAAUGUCACGAGUUCAUCGCCACCUUCUUCAGACAGCCCACCUUCUGCUCCGUCUGCAGAGAGUUUGUCUGGGGCCUCAACAAGCAAGGCUACAAGUGCAGACAAUGCAAUGCAGCCAUCCACAAGAAAUGCAUCGACAAGAUCAUUGGCAGGUGUACGGGCACGGCCGCCAACAGCCGGGACACUGUGUUCCAGAAGGAGCGCUUUAAGAUUGACAUGCCACACCGCUUCAAGAACCACAACUACAUGAGUCCUACCUUCUGUGACCACUGUGGCAGUCUGCUGUGGGGCCUGGUCAAACAGGGCCUCAAGUGUGAAGAUUGUGCCAUGAAUGUGCAUCAUAAGUGUCAGGAUAAAGUGGCCAACCUUUGUGGAAUCAACCAGAAACUACUAGCUGAAGCACUUACUCAAGUCAGCCAGAAAUCCUCCUCUCGGCGCUCAGACCCAACCCUACCUGACCCAGAUAUAGGGGUCUAUGAGGAAGUCAUUAGGAACUCCAUUGGUGGUCUGGAUGACGGCCCCUCCUAUGCCAGGCUGUGGGAGGGCUCAAGCCCUCACCCCCCAUCUCGCCUCACCCACCUGACACGCAUCAACGUAGACAACUUUGUUUUUCACAAGGUCCUGGGCAAGGGCAGCUUUGGCAAGGUCCUGCUGGCAGAGUUGAAAGGUCAGGGGGAGUGGUUUGCGGUGAAGGCUCUGAAGAAAGACGUGGUUCUGAUGGAUGAUGAUGUGGAGUGUACCAUGGUGGAGAAGAGAGUCCUGGCCCUGGCCUGGGACAACCCCUUCCUCACACACCUCUACUCCACCUUCCAGUCCAAGGAACACUUGUUCUUUGUCAUGGAGUAUCUGAAUGGAGGAGACCUGAUGUUCCAUAUUCAGGAGAAGGGACGGUUUGACCUCUACAGGGCAACGUUCUACUCUGCUGAGAUCAUCUGUGGCCUUCAGUUUCUGCACUCCAAAGGGAUCAUUUACAGAGACCUGAAGUUGGACAAUGUAAUGUUGGAUCAUAGUGGUCACGUAAAGAUAGCAGACUUUGGCAUGUGUAAGGAGAACGUGUUUGGGGAGAACCAGGCUACAACCUUCUGUGGGACUCCUGACUACAUCGCUCCAGAGAUCCUGCUGGGUCAGAAGUACUCCUUCUCUGUGGACUGGUGGUCGUUUGGAGUGCUGCUAUACGAGAUGCUGAUUGGCCAGUCCCCCUUCCAUGGUGAUGAUGAGGACGAGCUGUUUGAGUCUAUCCGUACAGACACGCCCCACUACCCUCGCUGGAUCACCAAGGAGGCCAAGGACCUGAUGGAGAGGCUGUUUGAGAGAGACUCCACUCGCAGGCUAGGCAUCGUGGGUAACAUCCGUGUUCACCCCUUCUUCAAAACCAUCAGCUGGUCUGCCCUUGAGAAAAGGGAGGUGGAACCCCCCUUCAGACCCAAAGUGAAAGCCCCAAAUGACUGCAGCAACUUUGACAGGGAGUUCCUCAGUGAGAAGCCCCGCCUCUCCCAUGGUGACAAGAACUUCAUGGAUUCCAUGGACCAAUCCGCUUUCGCCGGCUUCUCCUUCAUCAACCCAGAGAUGGAGCACCUCUUGGAAAAGUGACGGAGGGGUCUCUCAGCCAAUCCCCAUGCUCUUAGUUCUCAGUGACAUCACUGGGGUCAUAGGGGAAAGGUGAAGCCAGGAUUACAUUACUACUGUUUUAGGGUCACUUUGUCAAGGUGUCCUCAUUCAUGUGAUCAAACCUUCAACUUGAGUGAGCUGUUCUACGUUCAGUAUUUGUGACUGUAAUAGAAACACAAGUUUCCUCUUCGGGUACUUACUUAGUGAAAUGAUAAGAGUUAAACUUAUACAGGAAUUGGCCUCUGUUGUACAGAUAGGUGUUAUUGUGUGCAUGCUAGAGUGUCCAGGUGUACUAGGGGCCUUAUAUUUUAAUGGUCGUGUGUGUGUGUGUGUGUGUGUGUGUGUGUGUGUGUGUGUGUGUGUGUGUGUGUGUGUGUGUGUGUGUGUGUGUGUGUGUGUGUGUGUGUGUGUGUGUGUGUGUGUGUGUGUGUGUGUGUGUGUGUGUGUGUGUGUGUGGAAAUGUAAAUGUAAAUGCAGAGGGUUUUGUGUGAAUGAGCUGUUUGCAUGCAUAAAGACCUCAUACCGACACCAACCACCUCUCAAUCUCAACAACCUCUGAAUGUGUGUCACGUACUCUUGAAAGAUUAACUGAAUCAAAGUUCAGUUUGUCACUGCAUGGGGAGCCCUUGCAUCUACUAGCCAAGUACGAGGGAGUUGUGGUCUGUGUUUGCCAUAACAAGACCAAGUUCAGACUGAGCAACUACAGGUAUCCCUGCCAUUCCAUGUAGCGUCAUCUGGGACAGGGACAGAUUUGGUGUAAGUGAAUAAGUGCUUAUUGUGUAUGAUGCUAUAUGAAUGUCUUUAUUUGAGUGGUACUUAGUGAGAUUCUGUAUAUAGAUCUAUAUGUAUAUUGAUGUUGCGUAUAUUAUUGGUGCGCUAAGGAUUAGCUUUUUUUACUGUCUCCAUUUUACAUCUUAAUAAAAAAUCAUCAACUCCCAG